AUGAAGUUGUUGAUCUAUCUAUAUAUUUGCUGGGCAAAUCUAUCCUUAGUUUCCUCCUUUGUUAACUGGCCCACACUUUCCAGUCAAAUUGAAGUUGCCAUACGAUCCCAAAGAGAUGUAUCAAGACCCAUCCCCAUUGAUCAACUAUCCAACCCGGGUCUAUCAUUAAGUUCAAUGCUCUUUGAGCAGUAUGGAUAUUCACGAAAUACACUCACUAAUUUAGAAACCUUACUUCAAGUUGGUUCACAGGGGUUAUUAAUAGAUUUAUAUUGGAAUGAAUUUACAUCAAAAUGGCAAUUAUGUCCUGCUCCUUUUCCUACAAAUACAACAGUUAAUCAACUGGUGAGUGAGAUUUCUAUUAGUUGGAACAAUAGAACAUAUAUAUGCGAUCCACAAUUAACUACUGAGAAUAUCAUGAAUUAUACCAAUAAUUAUAUUCAAAGUACAAAUACCAAUCUUGAGGUGAAUUUGCUUCAAAUGUUGUUUAAUUUAAAAUCGAUUUCUAUUCAACCAAGUAGUAAAACGGAUGCAUUGAUAGAAGCAUUCACUCCUAUGGAUCCGGCGUUUACUGCAAUUGGGAAUUCGUCAUUAAAUGAAACCGUUGCCUCAUUAGGUUCAUCUUUAUUCACACCUAUUGAUUUAGACAAUUAUCGAGCAAAUAUAAAUCAUUCUUCCACUCCCGUAUCAUAUUACAAUAGUUCGAACUUAUUGAUGCCAUCACUUGAAACUGUUUUGUUAACUGAUUUUAGAAGAAUUCUAGUUAAUGUCGUUUCAAAUGAGCUAGAGCCAUCUUCACGGAAAUAUAACAUCACACAAGCCGACCGAAAUGUGAUUUUCUUUAAUGAUACAAUGCCAACAUCAAUAUCGAAUACCACUGAUGAAACCGUGGGUGAGUCCUGUGAGAGUUUAAUACAAGGGUAUAGUACUCCAUCUACUCAUUUCCGCUAUAUUAUGGAUAAUACUGAUGAUCCAUUUACACUCACAAGUAUUAGGCAAUAUAUCAGAUGUGGACUUUCUCCAAUAUUUAACUCUCUGAUAUAUCAAAUAAAUAACCAAACUACACUGGAACUUGCCGAAGUAUUUGAUACAUUCAUUCCAUAUGUCUUUUGGUCAUGGAGUCCUGGUGAACCUCGAUCAGCCGAAAAUGCAACCAAUAUCGUGAAUGACAAUACCACCACCACUACAGUCUCCAUCGCUUCAGCUAGCACGGAUAUAAUUACCGAUUCGCUGGAUCAUGCGACUGCUUUCAGAUGUACGAUCUUAACCAGUGAAGGAUGGGCAGUUGCAGAUUGUUAUGAAAAAUAUACAUACGCUUGUCAAAACUCCACCUCACCCCAUCUGUGGGCCAUCAGCACAGAUGAAAAAUCCUAUUUCGAUAUUGAAUCCCAAACUUGUCCACCGGGAUAUUCAUUCGGGGUGCCUCGACUGAAUGGAGAAAUGCUUGCUUUGAUGAAUACCGAAGAUAUUGAAUACCCGGUAUGGAUAGAUUUGAACGAUUUGACAGUUGAAGGAUGUUUUGUUUCCGGUGGUCCAUAUGCGGAAUGUCCAUAUCAGAGAGUUGUAACUACUGAUAAAUUUGUAAGAAUGAUUGCUCCUAGUUUUGUUGUGGCAGCGGCGAUUUUGAUAUUAAUAUUUAUGGAGAAGUUUAUAAGGGAAAUGCCGGUUCAAACUAAUCGAAAAAGAUAUUGGAGAAAAGUUUUACAGGAGUACUAUGAGAAGAAUGAUUAUGAAGGAGUGCCUUCUUAG